GUAUUCUCGGUCAAGUUUUAUUUCGCUCUGUGAUUUUUAGACAUUUCCAAGUAGAAAUUUCUAAAAUUUCUGCUCAAAUUGGUGUGCGUUUGAUUUAAUUACUUGUUUCUUCUUCAAGUUGCAAUUGCACCACCAAUCCAAAAAGGAGUUGCAUUCAACAGCAGUUUUGCAACUCGGAUUUGAACUUGUUUAUAAAAGUUACCCCUAAAAUACUAGACAAGGAAGAAGCAACAGUCAGCUGUAGUGUAAUUAAUUAAUAUAACAAACAUCCCAUCCACAUUGAAAGACAGAAAGAAGAAAAAGCAGCAGCAACAGCAUCAACAUGGGAAAUGUAUUUGCGAAUCUAUUCAAAGGCCUCUUCGGCAAAAAGGAAAUGAGAAUAUUGAUGGUCGGUUUGGAUGCCGCUGGUAAAACCACAAUUCUGUACAAACUCAAAUUAGGCGAAAUUGUUACAACGAUACCUACUAUUGGUUUCAAUGUGGAGACUGUAGAAUACAAGAAUAUUAGCUUUACAGUGUGGGAUGUGGGCGGCCAAGACAAAAUUCGUCCAUUAUGGAGGCAUUACUUCCAGAAUACACAAGGUCUUAUCUUCGUCGUUGAUAGCAACGAUAGAGAGCGUAUCGGUGAAGCGAGAGAGGAAUUGAUGCGUAUGCUGGCCGAGGACGAGCUCAGAGAUGCAGUCUUACUAAUAUUCGCCAACAAACAGGAUCUGCCAAAUGCAAUGAAUGCGGCUGAAAUUACUGAUAAGUUAGGCUUGCAUUCACUCAGAAAUCGCAAUUGGUAUAUACAGGCGACGUGUGCAACCAGCGGCGACGGUCUCUAUGAGGGACUUGACUGGUUGUCUAACCAGCUAAAGAACGCUAAUCGCUAAAUAAACUACAACAAUAACAGCAACAGCAACAACAACAGCAACAACAACCACAACAAACAAAAAUAAUUAUACACUAAACUUUGAUUUAAAAGGCAAAGCAGCGAAAUCUUCAACAAGAACAGCCACAACAUCAACUAGAGACAACGGCAUCUUACAUGUGGGAAAUAAUAAUAAUAAAACAGCAAGACGGAGAAGAGCGAUGUUCGGGUUCUGCGCAUUUCCAUAUUUUCCAACAAAAAAA